AUGUCCGUUUUCGUUGCAAAAGUCAAGAAUGUUCUCAGCGGAGACACUGUUGUGGUAAUCCCUUCUAAAUCAAUGCAAAUCCCUCCCCCAGAAAGAGUCAUUACCUUGCAGUAUGUGAAACCGAUUGACGAUUUAUUAUCAAAAGAAUAUCUCCGUCAGCUAUUGAUUGGUAAGGAGGUAAAGAUUAAAGUUGAGGGGAAAGCAGGAAACAGAGAAUUCGGAGACCUCAAAGCCCCCAUUUUUGAGUCAUUGAUCGAGUACUUGUUAGCCAAUGGUUACGUAAAGUUGAGAGAUAAUCUCCCAGAAGAAGUCGUGGACAGUUUGGAGCAAAUUGAAACAAAAGCUAAGCAGCAAAAGGCUGGACUUUGGAAUGAGAAAUUGAAAGGGGCUCAAUUGGUUCCAUUGGAUGAGGAGAUUAUAUCAGAUUCUCAUAAACAUCCAUUGAAAUUUGUUGUCCAAAAGGUAAUCAGUGGAGACCGUGUUGUGGCAUACAUCUAUGUCAACGACCACAGAGUCUCAGAGUCCUCGUUUUUGUUAGCUGGUAUUAAAACCCCCAGAACUGAUGACCCCAACCAACCCGCUCACUUGGUGAAGGUUGCUCAGCAAGCAAAACUUUUUGUUGAGAACAAGUUGUUAACAACGAGAGCUAAUUUGACGGCUUCCAUUAUUGGUAAAAGCCAAUCAGGUGUUCCAAUUGCAUUAGUCAAUCACCCACUGGGAAAUGAUGUUAGUGAAAAACUUUUGGAGUUAGGCUAUGGGGAAAUUGUCGACUGGCAGUCAACUCUUGUUGGUGCUACAACAAUGACAAAAUUGAGAAAAGCGGAACAAACUGCAAAGGCACUUGGUAAGGGAAUAUUUGCCAACUCCACAAGACCUACUAGCGCAGCUGGUCAAGGAUCGAAGUUGAAGGUGGGAAGUAUUGUAAAUGUCUCCAUUGCCAGGGUGAUUAGUGCUGACACUUUGGCAGUCAGAUUGCCUGGCUCAGAUGACGAGGUCGUUGUACAAUUAGCCUCAAUAAGAGCACCAAAGCCAAAGGAUACCAUUUUGACAACCGAUUCCGCGAAACAACAAGCAGUUGUCGCUUCAGCUCGUGAAUUCGUUCGAUCUAAUUUUAUUGGUAAACAAUUUCUGGCUCAUGUUGACGGUUAUAGAGAGGCGAAUAAGGAAUUGGGUAUUGAGGAGCGUCCUCUUGUUACAAUUUCUGACUUGUCUGAAUCCAUUGUUACCAAAGGUAUUGUCUCUGUGACCAAACAUGGUAAAAGUACUGAACAUGAGCGUUCCUACAACUGGGAUAAGCUUGUGGAGUUGGAGGAAAUUUCUAAAAAACAAAGGAAAGGUAUUCACGGGGACGUGGAGAAAUUCUUGACCGUAAGCACGAGAAUUGUUGAUGCGUCUGAAAAUCAUGCUAAAGCGAAAACUUUUUUAAAUGGUUUCAAAUCGAAAGGUAGAGUUUCUGGAUUCCACAUUCUGUAUGUUCCAAGAGUAAAUAAGGUCAAGCUCUUUAACCCAAAGGAGAGUUUGAGUUUGAACUUGAUCCUUGGGGGUAUUGCUAAUGACGAUUCGGAUGAGGGGGUAAAGUAUAUAACCAAAAAGUUUUUCCAAAGACCAAUUGAGUUUGAGGUAUAUGAUAUCGACAAAGUGGGAUCAUUCAUUGGAAAUUUGUAUUCUGGUACUUCAUUUAUUCAAAAAGAUUUGGUUUCUCAGGGUUUGGUUAAACUCCUGGAUUUUGUAAACACCAAUCCUGGAGCUUCUACAUUGAUCAAUGCCGAAGAUAAGGCAAGAGAACAACAAAAGGGAACCUGGAAGGGAUAUGACGCGAACGUUGAAAAAGAAGUUGCUCAAGCUGCUUCCCAGUUACAAGCAAGUAGUAUUACAAAGCCAGAGUUUUAUGAUGUUGUAGUCACGCAUAUUAAUGAGGAUGGUGUCAUAUACCUCCAAAAGGAUUUGAAGAAAUUGGAGCAAUUCGAAGCUGAGUUUGAUCGUUUCCAUGCACAAAAUCCAAGUGCAUCCAAACUGUCACAAGAUUUGCCAGUUGGUUUGGAAAGGGCCCCUAGAAAAGGUGAGUUAGUGUCUGCGAAGUUUGAUGGUAAAUACUACCGUGCUAAAUGUUUAGGUUCGGUUAAAGGUAAAGUGGAAGUCUUCUUUAUCGAUUAUGGUAACAUUGAUUACGUUAGUGUUAGGGAAUUGCGUGCAUUACCUACCAAAUUCGCACUGAUUCCUGCUUCUGCAUUUAGUACUGUUUUGCAAAAUUUGAAAUUGCCACCCAAGAACACAGAUUAUUACACCACUGCUGUCGAAUUUUUGGAAGACUUGACUUUAGACAAGAAAUUGGUUGCCAGUGUGUUGCCCGGAAAAGAGACCACUUACGAAGGUAUAUUGUAUGAUGCAGAAGAGAGUUUGAAAGAUGCUACAUACACUAUCAAUAAGGAGUUGGUGAGUCAAGGUUGGGCGAUUGUGGAUUCCAAAAUAGUUAAUCCAGCUGUGAAAAAAUAUGUUGAAGAAUUGUCGGAGGUACAAAAAUCAGCCAAAUCCCAUCAUAAAGGAUGUUGGGAAUUUGGUGAUGUUUCAUUUGAAGAGCAAAGUUUGUUGGUGUAG